UGUGCCUCGAUCAUCCGCAGCACAUUCUCUCUCACAUCACAACCACGCUGUACGCGAGUACCUUGGCAAAACUUAUUGGCGCGCGUCGUGCUUUCCUCGUCACUGUUUAGUAUCUCCAGAACAGGUAUUCCGAUAACACACGUUACCGUGCUCGUUCGCGGGACUUCUAAAUUAAGAACCAGCCCUCAGUUUGUUGGCUGCAUUGAACUGCCACAUCCGAAACCAGUCCGCGAAGAUGGCUCUACCAGGAAGAAGUUGUUCUACUGCGCUGACGAAAUCGCUAGUACUGCUGUUGCUGCUGCUACAAGCUGUGAUUAUCGCCGGGAAUUACGCGGAAGAAACAAUAACCUGUUCAAGCGGUGGCUAUUGCGUGCCGGCGUACCUGUGCAACGGCAAUGGUACUGUCAUUACGGACGGUGAUGGGCUGAUCGACACGCGGAAUGGCGCCGACGAGUGUCCUCGGGGGUUGGUGUGCUGUCGGGAGGAGGACUCUAACGAGAUUUGUGGUGGCACGUGCGUUCCGGAGGAGGCUUGUGAAGCUGGUGGGAUCAACCUUCGAGUUGGUGGAGCUGGUGGAGGUUGUUCUUUUGGAGAAAUUUGCUGCGACUUGCCGCUGAACCGAUGUAGGGGAACUUGUACAACUGUUGAUUUGUGUGGGGAUAACAGGAGGGUUGAUCUGAGAUUCGAGGAUCAGUUGUGCCCAGGAAGUCAAGUUUGCUGUGAGAAAUCUAAAACUAAUGCGAUUUGUCACGGUCGGUGUGUGGCAGCUAAUGAGUGUUCGAGGUCAUCAAACCUAGUAGAUCUACGAGUUCAAUCGAACGACGGUUGUCCCGGCGAUCGUAUCUGUUGCCAGAAUACCUGUGAGGGUCAGUGUGUUCCACGGGGCCAAUGUGGAGACGACACUAAGGACAUCGAUUUAAGAGUUGGUGAUUCAAGCUGCCCAGAGAACCAAGUUUGCUGCAAAAAUCCCCGAACCUGCACGUGUGUAGAUCCUUCAAAGUGUCCUCAGAUGAUCAAUCUGAGAUUCUCCAGCGAAUGUCCCUUCCAUCAGGUGUGUUGUGACUCCGUUUCGGAUAGUAACUGCCAAGGCUUGUGUACACCCGACGAUCAGUGCAAAGUGCGAUCUAACGGAACCUGUUCCGGAGGUCUGACAUGUUGUGGGAAGAUCAAGCCAUCGUGCGAUGCCUCGUGUGUUUCCCUUGGACAAUGUCCGACUGGAGCUGUAGAUUUGAGAUUAUCUUCGGACGGUAGCUGUCCAGCGGAUCAAGUUUGCUGUAGAAAUGCCUCCAAAUUGUGCAACGGAAGCUGCGUGUCUCAGGAACAAUGCGCUGACUCCGGAUUUGAUCUACGUAUUUCAAGCCAGACUUGCCCAGGCAACGCCGUUUGCUGCAAGAACCUGUCGAAGUCACCCACGGGAAAAGUUUGUCAAGGACGUUGUGUACCAUCCCAACAGUGCACCGGGCAAUCACAAAACAGCGUUGAUUUACGAUUCUCAGAAGGACUGUGUCCUCUGAAUUUAGUUUGCUGUCCAGCUAGUACAUCUUGUUCUGGAUCGUGCGUAGCUGGAAAUCGCUGCUUGGACAACGCCCUAAGCAUCAACCUGCGAAGAAGCACAGAAAGCUGUCCUGCCGGUCUAGUUUGUUGUCAAAAUGUUAACAAGGGAUCAACCUGCGACGGACAGUGUACCUCGCGCGAUCGCUGUGCGGACUUAACGUUAGGCAUCAACUUGAGACUUUCUGAUCAAAGCUGUCCGUCGAAUCAAAUCUGUUGUAAGAAUGUAAGAAAGCCGUUGCCAGACGCGGAAUGCACGUGCGUAAUGCUGGAUCAAUGCGCCGAAGAUCAACGAUCGAUAGAUCUACGAACUGGAAGUCAGAAAUGUCCCUCGAGGCAAAUUUGUUGCACCAAGCUUAAAACUACCGUCGAGAAGUGUGACGGUAGCUGUGUCUUAUACCAAGACUGUCCAGAGAUUGCGAACGCUAGCUCAGUGGAUCUCAGACUGUUCAGCGGAGGAUGUCCAGCGAAUCAGGUAUGCUGUAAAUCUCGAUGCGACGGAGUCUGCGUACCCUUUGGACAAUGCAGCGAUGGCUCUUUGGGAAUCAAUUUGCGGAACGAAGAUGGAGGGUGCCCCCGCAGUAUGCAAUGCUGUAAGAAUCCGUCUAACACUGCCAAAUCGAGUUGUGAAGGGAAGUGUCUACCAAGAGCGCAGUGUCCAUUCAUCAAUUUGAUCGAUCUACGGGUUGGCGAAGAAGGUUGUCCAAAUCAACAAGUUUGUUGCAACUUGCAGCAAGAUCCAUUCGCAGUCCCAACGUUAGACGGACCAAAUCAAGCUCCAAAACAAGAUCAAUCUUCUUCGGAAGAGCCGCAGUGUGAUCUAAAAAUCGAUCCCACCAGUUCAACGCUCAGCAAAGUUGACGUCCCAUGGCUGAUUACGGUUUGGACUCGGCGGGAAUACCUCGGCGUUCAGCGGAACCAGUACGAGUGCAGCGGAACGCUCCUGGCGCCGGAUCUGAUCCUCACCUCGGCGGAUUGCGUUUCCGAAUUGAUGGACGUCGAGCAUGUUUACGUUCGCGUUGGGGACUUUAACCUGAAGCCGAUCGAAACGCUGUCGCGGAGAAGGGAAUACCGUGUGUCAAAAAUUGACACUCAUCCGGACUACGACGGAAGAUCAAACUACGCAAAUGUGGCCACGCUUCGAUUGGCCAAGAACUCCACCUCGAAAUCUAGUACCUGCCUAGCACAAACUUCAGAUGAUCGACUCAAUUCUAGCUGCUUCCUGAUUGGAUGGAGUAAACGCGAUCUGUCAAACGAAUCUGUUCCGAAUGCACUUCCUGUGAAGAUCCCGCUGCAUGCAACCGUUGAAGGUUGCUCUCAAGGUUUGAUCUGCUCCGAGAGGGCUUCAGCGGUAGAUCAAUGUGAUGACUUUCAAGGAUCUUCUCUCAUUUGUAACACUGAUCAACGUUGGAAACAGGUCGGAAUAGCAACACGAACGCAGUGUGGUGUUCUGGGAGUCCCAGAAUCUUUCACCGCUCUGAGUGUUCACUGGUCGUGGAUACAGGAGCAGAUUUCUCCAAGUUUCGUUCAAGUAAUGAAGCCAACGGAGCCGUCUAGGUUUUAUCUACCAGCAAAAGUGUGAUUUAAGAUACUCGGUAAAGCACAUUUAAUGUAAAUAAAUUAAAUAGAAAUGG